AUGGUAGAAAGUGUGACAAACAAUCCAUCAGCCACAGGAACCUUCCAUGAUUGGACAUUGUUACUGUAUGGCACAGCCGAUCCUGCACAACCGGGAGACAGAAUCCACCCUCCGACACCCGUUCCAUCACAGUCAGUACUAGGACGGAUACAUCAAAUUACGAGUCAGGUUGGACUUUAAAC